CGCCUGAAAAGGCAGUAACGGGACAGGCUGUGGAGGCCCCAUGUCCGGUCUGGGAGUUCAGUCCUGACCCUUUGGUAGGGAGCCACUGAAGACUGUGGGCAGGGGCAUGACCCCGAGAGAUCCUCCCGGGUAGCUGGAUGCGGGGAGACGUGGGAAAGGGAGGUGGCCAGAACACCGCGGAGCGGAACGAAGCCCCUGCAUGCAGGUGGGGGUGAGGGGACCCGAGUUCUUGCCCCAGCUCUGUGCUGACGUGCUGUGUGACCACAGGCAAGUCCCUUACCCUCUGGGUUGGCUUCCUCUCAAAGACCCUUUCAGACUGUGACCGAGUGAACUGAGAUGUGUGUGUGUGUGUGUGUGUGUGUGUGUGUGUGUGUGUGUGUUGGGGGGCGGUCACGUGGUUCAUUUAGACUCUCUAUUUCCUACUUUUCUUUGGCCUUGAAGACCUGGCCUGGUCCAUCCCCCAUGGCUUAUUGCUUCAGACCCAUAUGGCUCAGCCUUUAGGUAUGUCCACACCUCAGCUUCAAGUGGCAUUUGUCUCACUGAAGAGAAAACAUGACCUUGGAGCCAUUUUCCAGCUGUGUAACUUGAGAGGCACUUUGCCUGUCACACCUACUUAGCAGGGAGGAUAUAAGCCAUUGAGACGAUGCCUUUAAAACACAGGGGGCAGUAAGUGCUCGAUUAGUGGCAACUGCCUUUCUUGCUCCGGUUCCUGUUCCGUUUCCUGCGUAGGACUCUUGGCUGUAAGCCCCCCAGAGGCUGGCAGUGUCUCCUCCGUGGGGCUGAACACCAGCUGGGUCCCCAGUCAGGAUGUGACGGACGCCCAAGGCUAGUGCAGCUCUGCCCAGGCCCGUCAUGGGGACUAUGACGUGAGCCUGCCUGUCCUGUGAGCGGUCUCGAUACUCACCCCACCCUGGGUGGGUGCCCUGCGUCAUUCCUCACGGGACUGCCCAGCACGCAGGUCCCCAGGCCCUCUCCAGGCACCAAAUGUGACAGGCACCUGUGUCCAACCAAACCCAAUAGGACCUGAAUUAUUUUCCUCCCACUUUGCUAUGUGAUUUUAUUUGACUGUUUGGGGGGAUAGGUAAUACAGUCGGAUCUUUCCAAAUUUAAGAGGUACCAAAGAGGGUACUAGAAAAAAAUCCCCUCCCACCCCAGCACACGGCUUUUGUUGCUCUUUCUGCAGACAACCUAUCUAAAUUCCUUUUUAUUUUUAUUAUUUUGAAAAGUUUAUUUAUUGUUAAAAAUUUUUUUUCUAUGUUUAUUCAGUUUUGACAGAGACAGAGCGCGAGCGAGAGAGGGGCAGAGAGAGAGGGAGACACAGAAUCCGAAGCAGGUUCCAGGCUCUGAGCUGCCAGCACAGAGCCCGACGCGGGGCUCGAACCUGUGAACCAUGAGAUCAUGACCUGAGCUGAAGCUGGAGGCUUAACUGACUGAGCCACCCAGGUGUCCUUAAAUACUUUUUUAAAAACAAACUUAAUUUGCUCCCCGCCUUACAAAAAUCAUGAGCAUUCAAAGCAAAAACUAACUUUAAAAGCAAACCCACCCCACCCUCAGCACCUUGGAACACAUACCCCGCCAUCCAGACUUUCCAGCAUUUUAGUACAUGUCCUCCCAGACUGUUGGCAAUGCAUAUCCGCUUUUCAAAAAAAAAAAAAAAAACCCGAAAACCAAACACAAGAUCAGAAUCACAACAUUGAUUUUUCAAUAUCUUGCCAGUGUCUCAGGAACAUUUCCUUGCUGUCUUCCCUUAAAUGACAUUAACAGCUUUGUGACCUUCUGAAAGCAUGGAUGUGUUUAACCAGACCCCAGGGAUGGGCAUUUGGGAUUUCCGGAUUUCCCUGUGAUAAGCAGUGUGGUGAUGGGAUCUCAAUGCCUAGUUUAUUAUAACACAUUCCUAGAGGGGAAAUGCUGGGUCACAACUUACGGCCGUUUUUUAAGACCCCGGAUACCCAUCAAACCGUCCUCAUGUUCAGCAGGACGGGACGUUCAAUCCGAUUCCGAUUUCCUCAAGGCCCAGAAGUCUUGGUUCCUACCCCUCCCAACAGCAGCUGUGUGCCCCUGACCCCGCCUCCACAUCUGCACUAAGGCCCAAGCCGUGCUCUGGGCCUUGUGACCUGCCUGGUUCACAGGCCCACGGGGCUCUUACCUGGGUCCACCCGGCUGAGUCAGCUGACAGGGGGCGGGGCGGGCACCACCCUUCCCAGAGCCAGAACCUGGCUGGGACAAGGGCCACCACCCUCCAGGGAGGGGAACAGACUCUCUUGGCAGUAGCCGGAAAAGGACGUUCGGCAGCAUCUGGCCGGCAGAGUGUUCCAAGGAGCAGACAUGUCCACGCUGUACCCAUCUCUGGAGGACCUAAAGAUGGACCAAGCCAUCCAGGCCCAGGCCAGAGCUGCGCCCAGGAUGCCCGCCCUGCCAGUCUCCCAGCCUUCAGUUUUGUACCCAAGCCUGGCGGAAUUGGAAAAUUAUAUGGGUCUUUCCCUCUCCAGCCAAGAAGUCCAGCAGAACCUGCUUCAGAUUCCAGAAGGUGCUAGUAUGGUGGGCUCUGGCCCCUUGCUGGGCCAGCUGGUGGCACCGGUGUCUGGGAACAGCCAAGGUGCGCGGCGUGCAGAGAUCAAGCCUGGAAUGCGCGAGAUCCACCUGUGCAAGGACGAGCGUGGCAAGACGGGCCUGCGGCUAAAGGCCAUCGACCAGGGGCUCUUUGUGCAGCUGGUGAAGGCCAACAGCCCUGCGUCUCUCGUGGGGCUGCGCUUUGGAGAUCAGAUCCUGCAGAUUGAUGGGUGUGACUGUGCCGGCUGGAGCACAGACAGAGCCCACCGGGUGUUGAAGAGGGCAUCGGCCGAGAAGAUCGUCAUGGUCGUUCGGGACAGGCCGUUCCAGCGGACCGUCACCAUGCACAAGGACAGCACGGGCCACGUUGGCUUCGUCAUCAAGAAGGGAAAGGUCGUCUCUGUGGUCAGAGGGAGCUCCGCAGCCCGCAACGGGCUCCUCACCAACCACUCCGUGUGCGAGGUGAACGGGCAGAACGUCAUCGGGCUGAAGGACAAAGAGGUCACAGAGAUUCUGGCCACGGCCGGGAGCGUUGUCACCUUGACCAUCAUCCCCACCGUGAUCUACGAGCACAUGGUCAAAAAGUUGUCCCCGACCCUGCUCCACCACACCAUGGACCACUCGAUCCCAGAUGCCUGACGCCAGGGGAGGGCAGCGCAGCCCUCCCACCCUCCUGCAGGGGAGAGCAGCGUCCUGCGUCCUCCGGGUUCCAGGGGCCUGCUGCCGGGGGCGGGGCCAUCUGGAGGGGGCGUGUUCCACGCAGGGUCACGUGGGGCGGCCACCGAUACCCGGCCUCCGCUGAGCCUCCGACUCUGAGCUGGACUGAGGCCCACAGGCGGGGAUUCUCUGUGCGGGUUUAGAUGCCGGACACGUAGGCAGGUCGGCGCAACACUUCUUAAAGUUGCAGCUGGGGCCCUUGCAAGAUUUUCGCCUCCAUCAGAGACACAGUUCCACGUUUUGAGAGAACAGAACUACAUUCUUUGAGAGGAUUUUUUCUUUUUCCUGUACUUGACGUGUGUCACAAACUGGCCAGAGUCCUAAUCCUUCACUUCUUUUGAAUAAAGAUUUGAUUUUGAACAGAAGCCCUUCUUCAAAAGUAAUUGAAAAUUCCAGAAUCCUUGGUCCCGUGACCCACCAGGCCUGGUUUUCUUCUAAGCAGUGGUGAGACCGCCUCUUUUUUAAGACACACAGGUCUCUGAGAGCCUGCCACCGUCACGUGCUGCCUGCCGGUCCGAGGCAGGGGUGACUGGAGCCAGGGAGCGGUGCGGGGCUCUGGAGGAGGGGCACCGGCUUCGGAGCACCCCUGCUCAGCCUGUGUCUGCAUCUGCCGAGCAGGUACGAGAUCCACUUUGGGAGGGGCCGCAGGGGAGGGGACGGGGUGCAUUUACAGGCCCCGCCAAGUCUGACCCUGAGGCAGGCUGGGGGACGCCCGUCUGGAUCCUUCACCUGACCCGGGAGGGGAGUGAUCCCAGCUGCCGCGACAGAUGCAUGGCUGCACGGAAACUGCACGCGGCUCUCUGCUUCCCUCCAGCUCAGAAAGGAUCUCUUUUUGCUCAGCUUUUCCCAGCAUGCACCCUGGGACUCCCAGAUUGGCAGGGACGGUUUGAGUCCCCUUCACCCCUCCUCAGAAAACAGACACGACAUAAAGAAAACAGGCCGAGGGUCUUGCUGCGUUUUCAUGCUUUAAUUCAGAGCUGUCUGCUGCAGGUACAACUCUGUCUGAACAGGACAAAGGAGACAAAGUGAAGACCCUCCCCACCUCCCCCCUUCCCGUGUCCCCUAAAUUCUCUGUCGAGGGGAUGGCCGAAUGGAAGAGUACGCCGUGACAUGUUUGCACUGUCCCCCUAGGUCAGAUGGGGGUCAUGAGUUCCCUGGGCUCCGGCCCUCAGUGGGCCCUGGUCCCAGAACUUUGUCGAUGCCUGCCCCUCCCCGGGGCGCUGUCAGUUCCCCGGUGCUAGUGACGACUGGGAAGGGUGUUCAGUGAAAAGCUUAAGUUAUCCCCUUGGGAGAUGCUCGGAAUAAACUCCGCCGGAGGCCAGCUCUCUGUGCAGAGUCCCAGCCCCAGCUCUGAUUCCUGCCUGAGCCUGGACCAGAAGAGCAGCAGGGAGGCCCAGGCCCGGGCCCUCCAGCUAAGCGGAGGCCACUUCCGGCUACUGGGCUCUAAGGGACCAGCAGUUCCAGGAGGUAGUUCCUGGGAAAAUGUCCCUUAGGAUCCAAUCAGCUCCAGCUGGAGCUGGGGAGAGGGGAGGCCCCGACGAUUUCUGCUCCAGAAGCCGAGGGCAGGAGGGGAAGGCCACAGCCCAGCAGGAGGAGGUAUUAAGCAAGAAGGAAAAGGGGAGCUUUGGAGGAGGAGCACUGUGCGGGCGGCCCGGGCCCCUGGCCUUGCCCUCCGGCCCCACGCUCUGUGCCCUGCGUCACCAGGGCUGGGAGCCCGAGCCGGCAGGCCGCUGUGCCUCCGGCGCCCGGAGCCGCACACGCAGCGCUGCCCCUCUUGCAUAGAUGCGGACACUGAGCACACACACGCACACACGGAGGGCCCCCGGGCCGCCAGCCAGGGGCCCCCCAGGGUCCGUCCCAGGGCCGCCGCCUCUGCUGACACGGAGAAGUAAAGCCCCUCCAAGGCCCCAAAAGAGAAGACCCUCAAUGCUGUGGGCGGGGGCCCGGCAACCCGGAGCAGCAACAGAUGGGGGCAGCGGCCCCACUCACCUCAUGCGCCGCCCUUGGCGAGGGCCUUCUCCAGCAGCCCAG